CGCCAGGGGGCCGCGCCGUGCGGAUGGCCGGCGGAGUCCAGCAGCCAUGAGUGCAAUUCCAAAAGAGACUUUGAAGGCCAUUCUGUUGGAGUUAGAAUGUCACUUUACGUGGAAUCUGCUUAAAGAAGACAUUGAUCUGUUUGAUGUAGAAGAUACAAUUGGACAACAGCUUGAAUUUCUUACCACAAAAUCCAGACUUGCUCUUUAUAACCUUUUGGCCUAUGUGAAACACCUAAAAGGCCAAAAUAAAGAUGCCGUAGAGUGCUUGAAACAAGCAGAAGAAAUAAUCCAGCGAGAACACUCAAAUGAAGAAGAAGUACGAAGUCUAGUCACUUGGGGAAACUAUGCCUGGGUGUAUUAUCACAUGGACCAACUUGGAGAAGCUCAGAAGUAUAUAGACAAGAUAGGGAAUGUCUGCAAGAAAUUGUCCAGUCCUUCUAACUAUAAAUUGGAGCGUCCUGAGAUUGACUGUGAGAAAGGGUGGGCACUUUUGAAAUUUGGAGGAAAGUAUUACCAAAAGGCUAAAGCAGCCUUUGAGAAGGCUUUGGAAGCAGAACCUGACAAUCCAGAGUUUAACAUUGGUUAUGCCAUCACGGUUUAUCGGCUGGAUGAUUCUGACAGAGAAGGGUCUAUAAAGAGCUUUUCUCUGGGGCCCCUGAGGAAGGCUGUUACCCUGAACCCAGAUAACACCUACAUUAAGGUUUUUCUGGCACUGAAGCUUCAAGAUGUACAUGCAGAAGCUGAAGGGGAAAAGUAUAUUGAAGAAAUCCUGGACCAAAUAUCAUCUCAGCCUUAUGUCCUUCGUUAUGCAGCCAAAUUCUAUAGGAGAAAAAAUUCCUGGGACAAAGCUCUUGAACUUUUGAAAAGGGCCUUGGAAGUGACACCAACCUCUUCUUUCUUGCAUCACCAGAUGGGACUUUGCUACAGGGCACAGAUGAUCCAAAUCAAGAAGGCCACACGCAACAGACCUAAAGGAAAAGAUAAACUGAAGGUCGAUGAGCUGAUUGCAUCUGCUAUAUUUCAUUUCAAGGCAGCUGUGGAACGAGACUCCAUGUUUGCAUUUGCCUACACAGACCUAGCCAACAUGUAUGCUGAGAGAGGCCAGUAUAGCAAUGCUGAGGACAUAUUCUGGAAAGCCCUCCGUUUAGGGAACAUAACUGAUGAUCACAAACAUCAAAUCCACUAUCACUAUGGCCGCUUUCAGGAAUUUCACCGGAAAUCAGAAAAUACUGCCAUCCAUCACUAUUUAGAGGCUUUAAAGGUCAAAGACCGUUCAUCCCUACGCACCAAACUGACAAGUGCUCUGAAGAAGUUGGCUACCAAGAGACUUUGUCACAAUGCUUUAGAUGUGCAGAGUUUAAGUGCCCUCGGGUUUGUUUAUAAGCUUGAGGGAGAAAAGAGGCAAGCUGCUGAGUACUAUGAGAGGGCCCAAAAGAUAGAUCCAGAAAAUGCAGAAUUCCUCACUGCUCUUUGUGAGCUCCGACUUUCCAUUUAAAGGUGUACUCCAAGAAGUUAGGUCGAAGCUUUUCCUUCCACUUUGGGUUCUUCUAUUUCUGCUUAUUGUUUUAAUCCAUUGUUCACUCUAGAGCCAAUGUUGAUUAAAUGGCUAUAGUGUACCAGACAUUGUGAUAAACACUUUAUAUAGAUUAGGAUGAAUCCUUUGUUGUUUUCUUUCUCUUUUCUUUUUAAUUAAAAUACUAUAAUUCAUUGA